UGCUCCUCGCCCUUUUGCUUUUGAGUUCCUUCUAAACAUGAGAGGGUUUCUAGCAGCAGUGAUGUGUUUGUGCCUCUGUUUGGUGCUGUUCCUCUGUCCUCUCUACUCGUGUGCCUUGCCUCCGCCUUGUGACAGUGAGAUCUACUGUUAUGGGGACAUCCUGAGGCAGGUUCAGACCGCCAAACUGUUUGAUGAUGACAAGCACUUUGUGGACAUGAAGCUGAAGUCAGCCCCUGAUAUUAUCCUGACAGCGUUUCGCAACCUGACACAUGGAGAUCUAAACUCUGUCCCCCCUGCCGUACUGAGAGACUUCCUUCACAAGUACUUUGACGAACCAGGGAAAGAGUUUGCGCCGUGGACCCCACCUGACUGGCAUGACAAGCCACAGUUCCUGGCUGGAAUAGCAGAUGCAGAACUGCGUAGCUGGGCCGAGAAGCUGCACCAUCUGUGGAAGUCUCUUGGGAGAAAGAUCAGUAGUGAUGCUUUGGCCCACCCAGAACAGUACUCUCAGAUCUUCACCCCCCACCCUUUCGUCGUACCUGGAGGACGCUUCAGGGAGCUGUACUACUGGGACUCCUACUGGGUGAUCAAUGGUCUCCUGCUCUCUGAGAUGACAGACACCGCCCGUGGGAUGAUCCUCAACUUCAUCCACCUCAUCAACCGAUAUGGUUUCAUCCCCAACGGGGCCAGAGUUUACUACGAGCGUCGCAGUCAGCCCCCCUUCCUGUCUCUGAUGGUGGAGAGUUACUAUCAGACUACUAACGACACAGAUUUCCUCAGGACUGCUCUGCCAGCUCUAGAGCAGGAGUACCUGUUCUGGAUGAGGAACCGCUCUGUGGCCGUUGAAGUGAAGGGGAAUAAGCAUGUUCUGAACCGUUUUGAUGUACAGGUCGGCCUGCCCAGACCAGAGUCCUACAGUGAUGAUCUAGAGCUGGCUGAAGGUCUGACCGAGGAUGCUGCAGAGAGGCUGUGGAAAGAGCUGCAUUCAGGAGCAGAGUCCGGGUGGGACUUCUCAUCUCGCUGGUUUGUGGACGGCCUGGGGAACAACAACGGAUCUCUGAAAGACACCAGAACCAGUCUGCUCAUUCCUACAGACCUCAACGCUCUGCUCUGUCGCAACGAAAGGACACUGGCUCAUUUCUACAGGACGCUGGGUAAUGAGUCUGAAGCAGCGCGGUAUGACAAAGCUGUAUCAGCCAGACAAGAGGCCAUAGAGGCAGUGCUGUGGGAUGAGAAGAGGGGAGUCUGGUUGGACUACAGCCUGGUAACCAACACCUCCCACCCUGCAUUCUACCCCACUAACCUGGCCCCUGUCUGGGCAGACUGCUACUCCCAGCCUUCCAUGGGACAGAAGGCACUACACUAUCUACAGGUGGGAUGGGCUGAAGGGAUUAAAACAUUUGGUGAUACUAGUGGUGGUCUUGCGUUCCCCAACGGUGUCCCUACGUCCCUGGUUGACAGUGGUCAGCAGUGGGACUACCCCAAUGCAUGGCCCCCUCUACAACACAUACUCAUCCAAGGCCUGUCCAGUCUGCCCUCACAGGAAGCUAGAGAGCUGGGGUUUGAUUUGGCUCAGCGCUGGAUCAGAACCAACUGGCUGGCUUACGUCAAGUAUGAAGCCAUGUUUGAGAAGUAUAAUGUGAACGGAGAUGGGAAGCCGGGCGGAGGAGGAGAAUAUGAAGUUCAGUUGGGAUUUGGUUGGACCAAUGGUGUGGCUCUCCAGCUCCUGUCUCAGUACGGCGACCGGCUCACCUCUGACAGCAACGGAAACAGCUUCACCUCGUGUCUAAGCAUCAGCGUCUCUGUGGCCCUGCUCUGCUCAGCCCAAACUCUGUUCCUAUGAAAUACAAUGGGUGUAGGGUGGAGUUGCCCCUAGACGCUAAUAGUUAGGAUUGGGGCGGAGUAAGCUGAUCCUUGAUCUGUACGUAGGAGGGGGGGGGGGGGGGGGACUUCACUUCGGAGCUUUAAAAUGUUAAUGCUUAGAGGAGGAUAUUGAUGGUUAAACUGUACAGAGUCUGAAGAUGAUUUUAAACUCUCUGUUUCCCCUGGUGUGUGUGUGUGUGUGUGUGGGUAGGUAGGGGUGUGUGGGUAGGUAGGGGUGUGUGGGUAGGUAGGGGUGUGUGUGUAGGUAGGGGUGUGUGUGUGU